AUGCGUAGUAAUACGUCAUUGAAAUUAAAUGGACGUUACUUUUAUUGGUUAGAGUCUUCACGAUUAUCAUGUAUCGGAGGGUACAGAACUACAGUAGUCGAGAAGGUUGCGAGGAAGUGCCGGGAACCGUCUGGGAG